GAGUUAACACAAGUAUCCAAUCCAAAAGAAAAUGUCAAGAAAGAAUGAACCUUUCCCAACUAUUGGGAGUAGUUCAAAGUGAUAACGAAUCCAGCCACUUUCAUGGCUUCCAAUCCAAUGAUGGAUUAUAUAUCGCCACAAAACCAAAUUAACGUAUACUUCCAUUUUGGGGGCGUGACAACGAAAGGCCAAAGAACAUCAAUGAUAGAUGUGGUCAUAUAUAAUCAUAACAAUGUAUACAAAAUAAUUAUACGAGUUGAUUGCGAUACUUAAAACCCAUAUUUUUGUAUGACAGAACUUGGAAAUCAGGCUGAACUCGAUCUCCAUAUGUCACGUCCGCUUAUUUUUUGUCAUUCGUUCAUCCGAGAUUACAAUUUACAGCUAUUAAUUAUAUAUCGAAACUCAUUGGUGUAUUCAAAGUUAGAGUAAUUAGAGUGUGAUCAGUCAGUCACCUUAGCUGGAGUUUGAUACUUAAUUGGCAUUGAAAAUUGUGAUAAUCGACAUGCCCCACGUGCAUGAGAAAUCCUGCUUGAACUCAAAUUUCAUCAUCGAAAACUUCAUUCACACCUUAAUGUCGCAACUAUCGUAUCCCAGUUGAAUAACUCAACAAGAAAACGAGGGAACACAUUUCUCAAGAGCAUUGUGAAUUUGGCGAUAUUAAGAAAUGACUUGCCAUUUCACGUCUAUAGUUUUAAAUUUUGUCAAUAAAGACAUUUGAUUCUCUUUUCUAACUCUCUUACCAAACGUUUCAAACCGAAGUCCCUCCACCAAACAGAAACUACUACUAAUAAGAGACAAUCUGCUUAAUCAAAAUAAUGUAAAGUGGGAUCUGACUUAACACAUAAGAAAAUUCCGUCAACAUAAAGAAAUUACAAGUCCCCCUUGAAAUUUUCAAAGCAAGCUGCCGACCAAUCACGACGCCGUCAAUAUUAUUGUAUUGGUCUUCACAGCUUUCACAUUUUGUGCUGACAUUUCUCUACAUAGUCCCUAAACUUAUGGAAUGUGUCAUUUAAGUCUCUCUACCAAUACAUUUGAGUCAUUUGAAGACACUUGUUGAAUCUCAACGAACUCAUUCAUUGAUGGGGUCAUCUGGAGGAUAAUAACAUUCUACUUCUAUCACAUUGCACAUAUGUUAACAAUUCGCAAUUUCACGGUACUCCAUUAUUCAUACACUAACCAUUUGUCCCAUUACGACACAUCAAAAAGCUCAAGCCCAACUCAAAUUAGAGAUGCGAAUAUAUGAAUGCUAGUUUUCAGAGAGAGAAAUCUUAUUCAAACUAACACUAAUUGUAGAACAUUCUAUGAACAAAAUCCACUGAACUCCUUGUCAAGUUGGAAAAAAUGUCCUAUCCAAAAGUAAUAUCGAUCUGAUUUUUUCCUGAGAAUCGAUUCUGGUUGGUACCCACUAUGAGUUAUUUCCCCCAUUUUUGCAGGCAAUUGGGAUAAUGAUAUACUAGCUUUUUGCCCGGCCUUUGGCCGGGGUUCGUGGUUACUAUAGUCUGGGUCGUUUGUGACAUUCGUUUACUCCCUUUUUCUUGUCUUUGGGUAGCUUGUUUCAGGCCAAUGAUAUAUAGUCAAAAGUUUAAAUGCAUAAACUUAAAUCAACAGUGCUAUUAUUAUCCAUAAUACGGUCAUUUGGGACAGCCGUAUUCACACACAUAAGAGAUGAAAAAUCUAAAGUUUUGCAACGCAGUAAUAGUGUUGUCUGACUACAUAGUGUGUAGUGUUGUUGGUUGAUUUGGUCAUUCGAAUUUGGAAUAAUGUGGUGACCAGUAUCUUGACGUUGUUUGGAGUGGACAUUGUCAGUAUUGGUUCUCUCAGUCUUGACAACCUUGAAUGGAUGGAUGGUGUGCCUUUGACAUCGCAUUAUGACUCUGGUAUGGCUGUUGCCAUCUUGUGGGUCGAUUUCAUUGGCCUGCAAAUAUAUAAUCAGUCAUUAGUUUAUGAAGUUCAUAUGAGAAACAUUUGUAGCAAAAUGAGUUUAUUCUAAUUACUUGAAAAUGGAGGUGCUUUCAGUAUCAUAGCAUUUCACAGUAUAAAAAAGACAACUUUUAUGGCUGAAGAGAGAUGACUACGACAGAUAUAAACACAUGUUGACACUCAAUUCAAUUAUAUUAAUGAACUUACUAUGAGGUCGAGAAACCACAGCAAACGUUCGGAGUUUUGACUGUGAAGGGUCAUCAGACACCAUCACUCUCUUUCCUUAUCUGUCCAUUUGAGACUGCAAAUGUAAAUACCUUCAAACCAACAGCCGAACCUGCAAACUAAAGCUGGACACUGGUUCGCUCCUAUGCAAGGUAGUUAGAUUAGAUUGCCCAUAAUCAUGCAUUACUAAAUUAUACUGAUCGAAUCCUCCUUUGACAUCACUGCAAAGUCACACAGACAAUUGAACGUCGGCAUCUUUAGCAAGUCAUAUCAACAAACUUGAAAGCUCAAGUGUGAAUUAACAUACAUACUUAUGAAAGGAAUGUUUUUUCUCUUCUGCAGAUCUCAUGUUCCAUAAUUAGAGUGAGAAGAGCACAUCCUUAUAGAGAAAAAUUCACUUCUGUCAGAAUGAGAUCCAUGUUAUGGGACCUCACUUUGAGCAACUCCCAUGCCAACCGCCAAAAUUGUUCAAAAGAAACCAACAGAAGCUUUCAGCAUUAAGAAGUGGAUCACAACAAACCAAGUUAUGUAAUUUGAUUGUGAUGACCAAUUAUAGUUUCCGCAAUUCAGUGUUUGCUUUAGCUGCUUCACCAUAGUUGCAGCUAAGCUGCUAAAAUUAUAACUUGCUCUUAGCCAUUAAUUCCUAUUAAAUGUUGUUCUCCACAAACUAAGAUUUACCCCAAUCUCCAUUGUAAUUCGUUCUAUAUUAGCUGCAGAUUAUAGAAGCCGGCAAUUCAGAACAGAUUGCUCGAAUGGAUUUAACUAUUUAAGAUCCUUUGAUCAACAUAGCCUACAAUAACAGUUAUCAUAUGAUGAGAGAAGUCCUGUAAGAUUGCAGUUUUUCAAGAGGGAGAAGUCCUCUGAAGGCAAAUAAUGCAUUGUGGGAAGUAAUUAUACCCUGGGUGUAUGAAAGCUAGAAGUGUUUAUAUCUUGUGUGGGCAACCAAUAUUAAGAGAAGCAUCAAAAAACAAAAAGGAACCCUGGAAUUUCCACGAGACAAACAGUAGCUGAUUGAAACUAUCAAAGCCAGACAGUCCUGAAACGUCCUUCUUCCUCCCUCUAAGCAACACAGAACACUUAAUACAAAAUCCAAAGCCUAGAAAUACUAAGGAUAGGGGAAAGAAAAUCCCUCGAAUUACGCAAAUUAUCAGUACUGGAAUCAAUAGUAGCGAUUGUAACUAUCAUAAGCCAAAUAGAAUGCUCAAACAUCAGUCUUUCUCCCUCUCAGCAAAUCAGAACCCAAGCCAAAAUUCAGUGUCGAAAAAGACUCGCAGGAAAGGGAAAUACUAAGGAAAAAGACACCCAAACUAUUGAAAUUACCUGCGAAAAUACAGAGGGGUCGAGAAUGGGACGAUUGCGACGUUGGUGGUAUUCAGAAGACGGCCGGUUGUGGAGGAAUAUGUGGUCUUCCGAUGACAGGCCAUCUCCAUGGCAGUGGAGGGAUUUUGGGUACAUUCACAUAAACCAAUUGACGAAAGAAAAUGGAAGAUGUGAAAUGUUCUUCAGACCGAGAAAGGGAAGAAAAAUGAAAACCUGCCGUUUGAGGAAGCAGAGUGGAAAUCUGGGGAGUAACAGGAGGUGGGUAAGAGGCAGAAGGCAUACAUGGUCAGCGUGGAGACACGAAACGUUGUUGAUUUGGAAUGAGGGAAACUGCUGGGGUUGGGCCGAGGGGGAAACUGCUGGUUAUUUCGCGUAAGAGAAAACUUCCGAGGAAUUGCCGAGACGGGAAGGGAAGUUGCGUUUGGAUUGUGUGAUCGGCGGGAGGAGUAGACAUCGGUUGCAAAUUGGGAAAACAGGGGACCAAAAAUGACUGCGGCGGAAUGGGGAAGACGUUUCGUUGGAAUUGGGAAGGCCAGAAUGGACAGAAGAGAGAAGGAAAUCUGAUGGGUAGGGAGGAGAGAUAAGAUGAUGACGUGGCAGCAUGGGUGGUAGUGAAAUUUGAAUUUCUGAACCCUAGUUUGGGAAAACGCUUAUCUUUAGAUCUUUAGAAGAUUUAGAUGAUAGGGACUCGAAAACCAAAAUAGGAAAGUUAGGGUACCUAAAAAUUAACAAAAUAUAAUAUAAAUAAAACAAUAUAUUUUAGAUUCAUAAGAAGAUUCAGAUGAAUGUUCCACUUUUCAACAUUCUUCCGCGGAUGCAGACGCAAAACUGGGACAGAUACACGCGGCGGUAGAUCAACUUUCUCUUCUUCCAAAUCCAAACACAUUCCCAUUUCCCAGUAACCUUUCCCCCAAUCCACAAUCUAUAAAUACACAACCAGGAAUAAUUCAACACGUCGGAGAGUAAUUCUAAUUUACCAACCGCCCCACAGAAAUGGAACCGCCGGCAGCGGCGACCACCGUCACCAAAAUCACAAAGAAGCACCACAGGCACGUAAACAACCCGUUCCCAUCGCCACCCAAAUCCCUCCCGUUCCUCACCGGCGGCCUCACUUUCAACCCUGCGACGAUCCCUCCUUCGCCGGCCGACUUCCCGAUCGGACGGGAUUUCCGGCUUCACUGGAGCCCCAAACAUGGUGGGUUGGUGUCCGUGACGCACAAAUCACGGCCGGAGAGGUCAAUCUGGAGUACGGUUCCUGGGCAGGCAUUCGUCUCCGCCGCGGCGGUGGAGACGGAGGUGGAGGAAAGCAGGGGAUCGUUCGCCGUGAAAGAUGGGAAUGUCCACUUGGUCUUCGACCACCAAUCGGUCGACGAGAUCCGGGUUGUUGGGUCGGAGACCGAUUCGCCUGCCGCGAUGCUGACCGGUCGGGUCUUCGGAGCGAACCGGAAGAGGCAGAGUAAGAACAGAGAUGCUCUGUUUUUCCCCCGGGAAGCGAGGUACACGAUUCUGUUCAGCCAGACGGGCGGGAACGAGGUCGGGUUCGAGAUUCGGAUCGGUGACCCGAACGUAAUUGGGAUUCAGAAUCCCGAAAGCGGAAGAAGGCUGAUGAGGACGACAAGCAUCAAGAAGAGCUGGAAGAAGGCGAAGAAGGGUAAAAAGAAGAAGAGGAAGUUGGGGUUUUGGCGGUCUUGCUCGUGGAAUCCGAGAGGGUUCGCGGCGGUUACAUCGUCGGAAGAUCAGGAAACUGCAGCGGCGGCGGCGACGACGACGACGCCGGCGGUCACGGAAUUGAACAGGGUGGUUGUGACGUAUUCGAGCGAUCGAGACGAGAUGUUUUAUGGGUUCGGAGAGCAAUUCUCUCACAUGGAAUUCAAAGGAAAAAGGGUUCCGAUUUUCGUUCAGGAACAGGGGAUCGGCAGAGGCGAUCAGCCCAUUACUUUCGCCGCUAAUUUGGUCAGCUACAGAGCUGGGGGAGAUUGGAGCACAACUUAUGCACCAUCGCCAUUCUACAUUACCUCCACAAUGAAAUCCCUCUAUCUCCAAGGCUACAAUUACUCUGUUUUCGAUCUCACAAGGCACGACAGAGUUCAAAUACAGAGCCACGGUAAUCGGAUGGAAGGCAGGAUCCUCCACGGCGACACACCGCCGGAGCUCAUCGAGAGGUUCACGGAAACGAUCGGCCGGCCACCGGUGCUGCCCAAGUGGAUACUCUCCGGCGCGGUGGUGGGAAUGCAAGGCGGGACGGAAGCCGUGAGGGAAAUUUGGGAGAAGUUGGAAGGCUACAAAGUGCCCAUAUCGGCGUUCUGGUUGCAGGAUUGGGUUGGACAGAGGGAGACCGUGAUCGGAUCUCAGCUAUGGUGGAAUUGGGAAGUCGACGACGAGAGGUAUGGAAGGUGGAAGGAGCUGGUGCGGGAUCUCGGUGAUCGGAAUGUCAGAGUCAUGACUUACUGCAACCCCUGUUUGGCCCCUACGGAUGGGAAGAUGAACAGGAAGAGAAGCCAUUUCGAGGAAGCCAAGAAACUGGACAUACUGGUGAAGGACAGAGAUGGGCAGCCAUACAUGGUCCCCAACACGGCCUUCAACGUCGGGAUGCUGGAUUUCACCCACCCAAAAGCUGCAAAUUGGUUCAAGCAAGUACUGAAAGAAAUGGUCGACGACGGAGUCAGAGGCUGGAUGGCCGAUUUCGGCGAGGGACUCCCCGUCGACGCCACUCUGUUUUCAGGGGAAUGUCCCGUCGAUGCUCACAACAGGUACCCGGAGCUGUGGGCGCAGGUGAACCGAGAGUUCGUCGAAGAAUGGAAAUCAAAUCGGGGAGAAGAAGAUGAAGAAGAAGAAAAAGAAGAUUCAUUGGUGUUCUUCAUGAGGGCAGGGUUCAGGGACAGCCCGAAAUACGGGAUGUUGUUUUGGGAAGGGGAUCAGAUGGUGAGCUGGCAGAGGAACGACGGCAUCAAAAGCGCCGUCGUCGGGUUACUGAGCGGCGGCAUCUCCGGCUAUGCGAUAAACCAUAGUGACAUCGGAGGGUAUUGCGCCGUCGACGUGCCUUUCCUCUUUGGCAAGUACCGCCGGAGCGAGGAGCUUCUGAUGCGGUGGAUGGAGCUCAGCGCCUUCACCGCCGUCUUCCGCACCCACGAGGGGAACAAGCCGGCUAGCAACGCUCAGUUCUACUCCAACCACAAUACGUUGUCGCAAUUUGCGCGUUGCGCAAAGUUGUACAAGGCGUGGUAUUUUUAUCGAGUUCAGCUUGCUGAGGAAGCGUCGGAGAAAGGGCUGCCGAUCUGCCGGCACUUGUUCCUCCACUACCCUAACGACAGGAUCGCCGGUAAGCUGACGUACCAGCAGUUCCUGGUCGGAACAGAGAUUCUGGUCGUGCCGGUGCUGGAUAAGGGACAGAAGAAGGUGAAGGCCUAUUUCCCAAAGGCUGGAAAUUCAUCUUCUUGUUGUAGUUGGCAGCAUAUUUGGUCCGGGGAAAGGUAUAGAGAGGAGGGUUAUGAAGCUUGGGUUGAUGCUCCGAUGGGGUUUCCGGCUGUGUUUGUUAGAGCUGGAUCUUCUGUUGGAGAUGAACUUCUGAGCAAUCUUAGGAGUUUUGGGAUCUUAUAACAAACACCCUUCGACGUUUUUGUAAUUGUGUAUACUUCGAUUCAUACAAAUCAUUUAUUCAAUGGUUUUUUAGUGUUAGGUAUACGAAUGAUUCUCUCUGACGAUAGUAUUGUGAAUCGAAUUGGGAAAGAAUUGUUUCGUCGACUCUAAUUUCUUAUGCCGGGUCACGUCAACUACAGUCAAAUUCGAAACGUUGAAGAAAAAUCGGGAAGUGAACUAUACAAUUCUUAUCGAUUGCUAAAAGCUUACGCAUUUUGGCAUGUAGCGAGAACAAAGGAUUGAGAAAUCAUACCGUACCAGUGGUUCGACAAAGAAAACUCUUAUUGGAAUUGAAACCAGUAGACGGUAUAAAACAUUUGAAUCAAU